AUGUCGGACGACCGCAGCGCGCGCGCCGUCCUAGCGACGAGGAGCAACGGCAGCAGAGGUGCGCCCACUGUGUCCCUCGCGGACGCCGAGUCGCGCCGCGAGCUGCUGCCUUCCGGCGGUCGCAGUUGCCUGCCACGAAGCCAUACGACUCCAGAGAGCAGCCGCGCGCAUCACGUCGCAAGCACCGCAUCGCUGCUCAGCGACGUGGUGGCCCAGUACCAGGUGACGAAAGUGUCGUGGCGGGGCAAGUACGAGCGCAUCUUGGCGAUCGCGCCCACGUGUUUGUUCACGAUCGACCCGAAGGAUUGCGAAGUGACCAACACGUGGCCGCUCACGGCGCUGCUGAACGUCCGUCUCGACGCUUCGGACGCUCAGAGCUUUGCGCUGGUCCUGCGAGGGACGAAGAAAGACGAGCAACUGAAGCUGCGCUCUCGCUUUCGAUCGAAGCUGCUGUCGGACCUCUACCAAGUCAAGGGACAGUACCAGCCGCUCAAUGUGCGGCCUGACGCGGGCUUUGAGUGCACCAAGUGGUUGAGGUAUGGCGACACGCUGAGCUGCGUGCUGAAUGUGGAAGCGAGUGGCGUCACUGUCUUGCAGGCCGACGUCGUGCGCUCGAAGUACUUGUACACGGAGAUGGAGCACUUGACACUGUUGACAGACCCGCAAGACGGGCUUGCUAUUGGGUACACGGGACGUAGUAGGUUGUUUUUUAGCUCACAGAGACGACAGUUGUGUCAUUGCAUCCAGACGGCAGCGCAGGCGAUCGGCUGUGAACUCCAGACGAAAGCGGAUACGACAGCAGAGCAGAUCCAGGAAGAACGAGCGAACUAUGGUUUGAAUCACGGUCGACCGUUUGUGCAGUAUCCUGUGCAAAAACGAACACCAAAGUACAGCAAUUUGCGUGACCGCAUUCUGUCGCUGCACGAGAAGGUGCUUCUCGAGCUGGAUCAGGACGGACAGGUUAUUGCAUGCUACAACUACUCGGACAUGUACGUUCUCGUGCGAGACGCAACGAGUGCAGAGCAAUUUGAGAUCCACUUUUGCAACGACGAGGUGCGGGUUUACGUGGCAAAAGACCGUGAUGACGUCUUGAGUGCGUUCUACGAUAUAUGUGUGAGUUGCGAGGAAAGCCCCGAGUUGGUCAUUACUAGCAUGGGAAACCAGCGUGGGCUGCGUCUUUUGCCCGCUUCUGCCGUAGAAGACACAACCGAGACGUUGUCAUUUCUCAAUGACUCUUCGAUUGGAAGCUGGUAUCUUCAACGCUUUGGGUCAGUGAAGAAGCUCGGCAAUUCGCUGAAAGUUGGCGAUAGGGGUUUUGUUGACAUUGUAGCUGAGUUCAAUGCAAACGUUGCACCAAGCGGUAUUCCGUACAACACAAAGAACACGGUCAUCAGUGAUGCUUUGCGGCCAAUGUGUGCUCAACUCUACAGCGUCGCGAAGACGAAGCCCGUUCCGGAACGCCCUGCUAUAGUCCUACUACAGGCAUUGUUCCGCAUCGCGUCGUCUUUCUGUGGCUUUCGUGAAGUUGGACGAGCUGACCGGAUGUCGGAGACGAUCACGAAUUUGUUGAGCAGUGGCGAAGAGUUCGUUGUAUUUUGGACAACGCUUCUGUUGAGACGAAUGAUGGUACACGAUGUUCCGACGUCGACUAACCUAGAUCCGACCUCGCUGAGAGAGUGCGAGGAGAUUGAAGCGCAUAACAGGAAGGUGUUUCUCGCGAACUCGUACCUGACGCAGUCCCUCAUCGCACGUCUAGAGUAUAUCAACAGGGAUUCGAGCGGCGAGAGCACAGUCCUCUGGUCGAAACCUGGCCCUCUUGCAAUGAUGGGGUUGCUGCAGACUCUUGAGGCCUGUCUUUGCUCACGAGCUGGUACAACUGGCUCAGUCGAGUUCACCACGUUGGUGGAGGGAGUAGCAAAAUGUUACAACACGCUGUUGAAGGAGCUUCGUCAGUCUCGCUAUGGAACCAUUAUCGAGGCGUGUACUCUGUUGCUGAAGACAACGCUCGAAGAAUGUGGCCCUGACGUCUCUUCGAGCAUUCGAAACACAGCGCUGACAGAGGGCCUCGUGCUGGAGCAUUUUUACCAGGGGCUGUUCGACCAGUCGUUUGACCAGAGGUGUGUGAGUCGUCAUAUGGUUUCUUUGUUAAUGAGCCAUCACGAUGCAUCGAAGCAACUCUUGUCGCGGAUGAUCCCUUCGGGUCUUUUCCGGUUGUUAAAGGAAGCUCCUGAUACACUGGUUUAUUCAGAAGACCACGAUCGACUCGAAUGCGAAGUCAUGGAAGCAGAACGGCAGGAACAUGUACUGGCGUACAAUCCUGAUGGCCGCGUGUCUCCUACGGGCAGACCAACGUCUCAGAUCGAACCGAUGGAUAGGCUCUAUGUUGGUACAGCGAGCAGUUGUGCAGAAUCAGACGCCCAGCGAGAGGAGAUUUCGCAAACAAGCUCGUCCGUUGAAGAUGUGGACAAUGAAUGUCAAGAUGUCCGUUGUUCACCCGCGUCAAAUCUACCAGUACCGGGGGUCCGAUCAUCGCCACCGGUGAAGCAACCAGUACCGGCAGAGACUGGUGUUAGCGAACCAAACUUUUACGAAAGGCCGAUGGAUUCUGGGCUGUCGAAGGCUCGGACGUUGCGCAGACUGAAAACUUCGGUGGAUAACACAAGCUCGCGAUCUGUGAUGAAUACAAGGGACGAGUCCACAUCACGUAGCUCCGGUUUUCACGACUCCGCACUUCGGUCGCGAAAGAGAGAUGUCGCAUUGAGCUUUCUGGACGCUUUGAGUGGCAAACGAGUGCCGUCUUUCGAUGGGCACAAACCUGUAAAGGAGAAGCAUAGCGCCGUGUCGCGCUCUGCUCCUAUUCUGGACAAUUUUCGUCUCCUUUUCCACAUGAUGAGCCUCAAUCACGAGACCGUUGAUAUGAUCUGGAAUCAGAAAACUCGAGAAGAGCUUCGGGGAGCUCUUUACACUGCAAUCCAAAGCUUUUCUAAAUUCCGGCGCACUGACGAGGGCGUAACGGCUCGAUGGAAUUACGAAGAUUUCAGCGUGUCGUACCCAAGCUUAGCUCGUGAAGUUGAGGUUGCUGGAUGCUACGUCAGAAUCUUGGCGCACCUGAAUAAAAACAUGUCGCUUCAUGAGGCAGCCACGGAGGAAGACAAGUUUAUCGCGUUGACUCCAGAACAGGUCUCUGUAAAGGAACCGCCGGUAGUCUUGGUUGCGCUUUAUGUGCGUAUGCUACGAGAAAGAAUUCUUGCUGAGUACCGGGGCGAUUUGGAUACGUCAAUACUUUGCAUUAAGAGUAUGGGAGUCGUGGCUGCUGCUUAUGCUGAGGAUGCGAAUGCCAUGGACUUUGAGGAAGUUGAGCAUUUGUGGACGUUGAUGAGUGAGACUGUACAUGCUUCGGUGCUGGAGAACACCCUCCACACGAUGCGAGCAUUGUGCCAGCAUCCUGGCAACGCGCGACGGGUGUUACGAAACGAUCGCAACUUAGAGAUGACGUUUCAGCUUCUCCACUUAGUACACGCAACCGGUCGUGGUAUCGGCGACAUCACCGAGCCCAGGAGACUUUGGACACUCGAAACGGAUGAAGGUGAAGUGCUCGGACCUUAUAGUGUGAACGAGCUCAAGCAGAAACUAGACGGAGGUCACGAUCUGAAUUCAUUUUGGGUGAAACGUCGAGACGAACCGUCUUGCGAAUCAAUGACCACCAGGGCAAGAGUUAUGGAUAUUGCUCAGUUGCGCUGGGAGGUGGGGAUCUCCGGGGAACUACAUCCGUUGCAGAUGGCACACGAUGCGAUCAGCAUCUUACUUUCCGUAGCGCGCUGUAACUCAUUGCUUGGCGACGACAGUCCUCACUGCAGUGACUCAACGUCGCCUCUUUUUCCUCGGCCUCUGGGGCAGACGAUGCUGUGGAAGUUCAUCAGGAAACUCGUCCCUGUUUUUAUUCGCAGCAAUCACCCAAAACUUUGGGAGAAAGCGGCUACACUUCUCGAGUUGUUAUAUUCGAAUCGCCGAUUGAUUGUUGAGGCCGAAGAAGGCGCUACAAAUCAAGGAUCGUUAUUUUCAUGGGGUUUGUUCUAUUUGGCAUUCACGGUGGAGGCGUCUGAUUUUGGCGCAAUGGCUGGCCUGUUGAAAGCUUCUCAUCGCCGUCAGAGUGGGUUUGAUGGAACCAGUGCAUUGAACGGCAUCUUACCUCAGGGCAUGAUCAGUUUGCUAGAAAAUUCUACCUCGUCUGAGUUUACGAAAGUGUUUUAUGCGGGAGAACAAUCUCCUCACGUCAUUUGGACUGUUGCUAUGCGAAAGCACUUGCGAACAGUUUGUCGAACUCACUUGCAAGACUAUGCCGAUAUUUUGGAAGAAGACGCGUCCCGAGAGUGGCGCUUUUGCGCCAUGGCACCGGUUGUGUAUCAGGAGCUCUCCAACGAAUUGCUGUGCGGUGGGCUGUACUUGGGUCAAUUUUGUGAGAUGGAGACGUAUGCUGUGUCAGACCCUAUGGAUUUUACUGAAAAGCUGAUGACGGAGUGGAGAGCCGAAGCAAGUAGAAGAGAAGUUUCCGUUGCUUGUGCUCACGCAAAGCAAACUCUGGGUAUUGCAGACGUCAAAUAUUGUGACGCCACUCUUCGUGCCGGCUAUAAAAAGAAGGCUAGAGCCUUGAAAGAGUCGGAUGGUGAUUAUGCCGAGAGGCUUGAUCAGCUCCGGAUUGCGUACCGAGUGCUUACAUGUCCACGGCCGACGUUACUGUCUGCUGGACACGAUCCUGAAAAUCUACAGCUGCUGCUGCAUUCGUUAGUCAUUAUGUGCAAGCGCUAUCCAGAGUGUCUUGUCGACUACGAGUUCGACGCGUACGACCUCUUGCUUCCUCUCCUGGCUUCUCAUUGUUCUGCAGAUGAAGUCCCCCUAGUCGGCACAACUGAGAGUCAGAGGCUGAAGAUCUCAGUAUGUGCAGCGGAGCUUGUCUACAGCACAUGCGCAAUAUCAGCUACGAACUGGGAGUUGCUCUUAGAGCACCCAGAAUUGAGCACUCUAGAGAGAGUGGUGAAUUUCUGCGUUGAUUCAAUUGUUGAUUGCGAAACUGCGAUGAACCCUGAGUUGUUGAUGGUAUGUCUGCUUGUACACCAAACUAUAACUGGUCUAUUGGCCUUUCCUCGGGGUCGAGGCUGGAUCGCGGAGUCGUCAACAUUGCUGGUGGAUAUGGUCCGCGUGCUUUGGCUAUGGAAUCAUACCGGGCAGACAUCAUUUUUGCUAGCGAAGCUCACACAGCAGAUCCUCGAAGGCGUUUCAAGAAUGACGGAAUUGGCGAAAAAUCAGACACGUCUGGUUCAAUAUGGGAUACUGUGGCAACUCUUCAAGCUUUUUUCGACGUAUGAUGGGGAGCUCGGUGAUGCAAGUGUCCAUGCUCGACCGCAGACAAGCUUUGAUUGCGAGGAAGAAGGGAUUGCGACCGAGGCGUCACAAAAUCAGAAUGUGCUAGCCGUCAUGUCAGUUCGCGCUCUGUGCAGACUUGGGGGUCUGUUUGCCGAGGACAAGGGGCUUCAAACGCCGUUCAACCCUCUUGUCAAGCACACUGCAGACGCGCUACUGACUCCAAAUUUGUCGCAGCUAUUGCUACUUAGCAGCCACCACGAGUUCUUGAAGAUCUACCACGGAGAAUGUGAGUCUUACACGCUGUUUUGGAAUCGUGACAUGCGUCAAGAACAAAUGAACUUCAUAUCGCCAAGGGCCAGUCUCGAGCCGCAUGUUCGUACAAACGAAAGUUGCAUCGAGGCCAUUCGUUUCCGAUUUAUGUAUUUGGCGGACUUACUGUAUGUCGGUGGCCUGUACGUGAAAAUUCUCAUUGGAAGUUUGCAAGUCAUUGAGAAAAGUUCGGUGCCAGUGCUGCUAGAUGAUUUGGGACUUACGGCGACAUUUUUCGAAGAAUUGUUUGCUUUUAUUGGUACUGGAGAGCUCACCUACCCGCAACUUGUAAAUGAGGAAGGGAUCGUACAAAACCUUGCGCCGUAUGCUGGUUGGAGUAUCGAUAAAGAGCAGCGAAGGACAGCGGAUCGUGUCACCGCUCUGAACUGUUUGUCAGUCACAGCUUCCGUGGCCCCGAGGCUAGUGGAGAAAAGUUUGAUGGCGAACAACACUGCAAUGAAGAUGAUGAUGCGCCUACUAUUUCCACCAGACAGUGAAGUCCACCGAAGCGAAGACGCUUCGAGAGGUCUCGUACCGACCCCGCUGCUGUAUGUCCCAUGUCGGCUGCACUGUAUUGCGACAUUACAGAUGUUAUCGAUCCUGCCAGAUUUUGGAACGGUCUCUGUAGAAUCUGGCAUAUGUCACAUUCUCAUCGAAUUGGUGCAUACUUGUCACGACGUCGGGCCAGAGGCACUCACGAUCAUCCGCAAUCUCUGCGCCAAUGGGGCAGGAGCGAAGUGUGCGAGAGACAUCCUGCAAUCGGGCAUUUAUUUGGAGUUCAUUGGCUGGCUGUUGGCCGUGAGGGAAACCAUCAUCGAUGAAGACUUUGAUGCUGCGGAGCGAUUGCGCAUCCCGUCAGCAUUGAUUUUGUCAGAAAUGGUCAAGGAUGGAGCGCCACUGAACAUUGAAUCGAGACGCACACUCUGCCGCUUCUUUCCUCCUGCACUCGUUCGAGUGAUAGCUUCAAACCCGGAGAUGAUCGUAGAAUAUAUUCUGGCUGACCAUAGGACACCAGAGCUUGUUUGGAACGUUGAUUUCCGCAACCACCAAAGGAACAGUGUGGCUGGGUUCCUUGAUAUCUACUUCUCAUCAAUUUCUACCACCCAAACGAGGGACGAUCAGUUCGUGUCAGUGGUCGACUCGUUUGAGAUCGAUUAUAGCUCUGUUUACCCGGCUCUUAUUGCUGGCAACGUGUAUCUCAAGUUGUUCAUGGAAGACCCAACAUUCAGCUUGCACGAUCCUCUGUACUUCAUGACGUGCUUGUGGUCCGAAUUUGAGGCUCUGUUUCGACAACUUGCCCAUGUGACACCCGCCCUACGCGCGACGAUGACGCGCGCGGAUGACGGGAUGGUACAGCGCGAUAUAGACGCAAUCGAUCUAGUCGGGUCGUCUCUAGUUUGUCUACUCCAGGCUGACACGUCGAUGCUGGAAAAUGUGGUGGAGCUACAAGUUUUUGCGAAGUGCUGCAACUAUCUGAACGACGCAGUCCGUUCUCAAGCUUGUGAGCCAUGCGUUGUGAACGUUGUGCGUAUCAUACGAGUUUGUAGUAUGUCUCGCGCUUGCGUUGCGUCGGCACAACCAACGUGCUCCACAGCGUUGUCGUGUCUGAUGGCCAUCGCUAAUCCCGCUCGAGGAGGUCCACUGCACUAUGAGAGUGCUUUCGUCCUCGAGAUUAUGCGACAGAUAAUUAUGAAUUACCCGGAGCACGGUAACCGAGAUGCGGAUACAAGUAUCGUGCAUCUCGCGAGUCGGCUGGACUUGUUUGAGUUUCUGUGCAAUAUUCUGGACAGCCCUGGUGGAAUUGGCAAAGUUAAGGAGCCGCGCAUCGUGCGCGCUGAAGCAAUUGAGAUACUGAAUAUGCUAGAAAAGGACCGUGUCCAAGGGAGCACCGCUCACCAAAUACUGAAAAAGCACAAGAAGUGGCAGAAAAGUUACCGACACGAAGCUACCGACGUGGUAAUGUCCAUGUCCACCGAAGACCCGUUCCUGAAAUCCUUGUACCCCGAGGCAGACCGCAUGAUGCGCGAGUUUGCGCGCAUGCACCCACGGCAAAGUCCGAAUGUGGAAGAUUCUUGA